AUGGAAAAAAAAUCAUUUUUGUUUGCUGUAGCAUCAAUGUCACAGACUCCAAAUUUGAAUCUAAAUACAAAAUGGAUACAAAAUGGUGUCACAGUGGCUGGAGGAAAUGGAAAGAACAAUGGAAUGAAUCAACUUUACUAUCCAUGGGGUUUAUGCGUUGAUGAUGAUCAAACUCUCUACAUUGCUGACUGCGGAAAUCAUCGUGUUGUUGAAUGGAACAGUGGUGCAAUCAGUGGUCGAGUUGUAGCCGGUGGAAAUGGGCAAGGAAAUCGUUUUGAUCAAUUGAGCAGUCCAAGAGAUGUGAUUAUUGAUAUAAAGACAAAUAGUAUCAUCAUUUCUGAUUAUGAUAAUAAAAGAGUAGUUCGAUGGCCACGUCAAAAUGGUAAAAGUGGAGAAACAAUCAUUUCUAAUGUUGGAUGUUGCGGAUUAACAAUGGAUAACCAUGGAUUACUUUAUGUUGUUGAUUUUGAUAAGCACGAGGUUAGACAAUAUCGAAUAGGGGAAAAUCAAGGAACAGUCGUUGCAGGUGGAAAUGGAGAAGGAAAUUGUCUUGAUCAGUUGAAUAAUCCGACAUACAUAUUUGUCGAUCGAGAUCAUUCAGUAUAUGUAUCAGAUGAAAAUAACCAUCGUGUGAUGAAGUGGACAAAAGGUGCAAAACAAGGUAUUGUUGUAGCUGGUGGUCAAAAUGAAGGAAGUAGACUAACACAAUUAUCAAAUCCUUAUGGAAUUUUCGUAGAUCACUCAGGUAAUGUUUAUGUUGCUGAUUAUUCGAAUAAUCGAAUACUUCGUUGGUGUCAAGGCGUCAUACGGGGCACAGUUAUCAUUGGUGGAAAUGGUCAAGGAAAUCAAUCGAAUCAGCUCUAUGCUCCUACGGGUUUAUCAUUUGAUCGAGAUGGAAAUCUUUAUGUGUGUGAAAAUCGAAAUCACCGAGUACAAAAGUUCAACAUUACUCGAAGUUAA